UUUCAGUUAAUCUCUUAUUUCUACUGCAGUGCUCAAUUUUUCGACAAGCUCAAGUAUUUGAUAAUCGGACAUGCUUGAGACAUUGAAGGAAACUAUUGUCAAUGUUCAAAAUGAGAUAUCAUCGGGGGUCGAGCGGCUUCGAUUCAACGUGGCACCAUCACUGGCAGCACAGCAAAAAUGUGUCUCAGAUGCCGUCGACGAGAUUGUGAAGACAUCAGCUGGCAGCGAUAUGUUAUUGAAAUUUCAACUAUCAUUGGAUCAAAUGAGAGUAGUGGCUGAUGAAGGAGUUCAAUUAGCAAAUCUAUGCAGUACUCGAAUGGGACGCGCACAACAGAUGUGCAGAGAACGUGCAGACGCAGUGAUGGCGAUUGACUCGUUUUUGAGGAAUGCAUCCGAUUUGGAAAAGAAGAUGAAAGAUAUGAAUAGACAGGUUGAUAAACUUGUUCGAUUCUGCAAUCAAACCGAGCAAGCAAUGACCCAUCUUGAAGCAUUGAACAAUAUCGUGAGGACAGAAGAAGAGGUGGACCUAAUACGACAACAAACCCGCUCAGCCACCACCAUCCUCAAUAUAGAUCCCAGUCCAAGCCCUGCUCUUGUACUGAACACGGCUGUCCGCCCUGGUGAUGAGGCACGAGAACGUCAGGAGGAAGUGAUGUUGGAAGAGUUCCUCUCAGGAAAAAGGCCAUCGUCUCCGGUUUGAGGAAUGGCCGAGCGCAAUCAGAAGAGCUGUGAUCUUUAACCAAAUGCAAUCGACUCAAUGCGCCACGUAAUUUAUUAGCCUUGAUAUAUCAACGACUCAUCAAAUAAUUGAUGAGCGCAUUAGAAAUGCCUAAGAAAAAAUGUAUUUGCAGGAAAAAAUUUUAUUUUGUGCAUCUCAGUGAGUUUUAUUUUGUUUGAUGUUUGCUUGGCUUAUUCAGCUUUGUUAACAUAAUGCAUUCUGUUGACCAUCCAUUCCACUAGUUAUUAAUAUCUAAGGUAUCCAUUAGCUCUUGCUUUGAUAUUUUUCUUAAGGUAAAUGGGUGAAGAUGGGUUUUUGUAGAAAAGUUAGUGUGUGUUAUAAUUCAGGCUUUGUA